UACAUUUUUCGCUCAUUCCUUACCCCCCACCACUUGCCAAUUAUGGAUCUCCCUGUCCUUUCUGCAUUGUCUCCCACAUUACUCUACACAUCGCUUUGUGUCAUCAUAAUCACCAUUCUAUUCCUCUUCUUCACCACCAAAUCUUCAAGUGAAAGUGCAAAUCUUCCACCAGGCAAAACAGGAUGGCCUAUUAUAGGAGAAACUCUAGAUCUCCUCCUGAUAGGCCGAAAGGGUCGCCCCGAAAAAUUUCUACACGACAGAAUGGAACGACACUGCCCGGACAUAUUCAGAACCUCCCUGUUUGGUGACAGUAAAAUGACCUUCUUUUGUGGCCCAAAAGCGCACAAGUUCUUGUUUGCCAACGAGAAUAAGCUAGUCGGGGCUUGGUGGCCAAAGUCUUUCAACAAAAUAUUCUUGUCGGAGGGUACUUCUCCUCUGAACUCUCUUGCUACCUCGUCUGCAUCCUUGCAAGUCGAGGAAUCAAAGAGAGUCCGGAACUUGGUUUCCGGGUUUUUGAAGCUGGAAGCGAUUCAGAAGCACAUACCGGUUAUGGAUGCUGUGGCGAAGCAGCAUAUAGAGAAUGAAUGGGCUCCAAAGGGGGAUAAAGUGGUGGUUAUUGAUAUGGCUAAGAAGUUUACUUUUGAGUUGGCUUGUCAACUUCUACUGAAUGUUACAGACUCUAAACAGGUGGCCAAAUUUGACAAUCGAUUUGGCAACGUGAUUGCUGGGAUGAUGUCUGUCCCUAUAGAUUUUCCAGGCACAAGUUUUAACAGAGCCAUUAAGGACGCGAAUCUGAUCCGCAAGGAGCUAUUGACGCUAAUAAAAGAGAGGAAAAUGGCUGUACAACAACACAACAAAGACUCGAUCAUCGUUCGAGACCUGCUGUCACACUUGAUCGUCACACCAGAUGAGGAUGGCAAGCUCAUGAAUGAUGUGGAAAUUGCUGACAAGAUCGUAGGCCAACUCAUUGCCGGCUAUGAAACUGCGUCUGUUACCAUUACUUUCAUCCUUAAGUAUCUUGCUGAGUAUCCCCAUUUCUACAAUGAAGUCUUCAAAGAACAAAUGGAGAUAGCAAAAUCAAAAGAACCAGGACAAUCGCUCAAUUGGAUGGACAUCCAAAAAAUGAGGUACACUUGGAAUGUAGCAUGUGAAGCAAUGAGGAUAGCACCACCUGCUCCACUAGCUUUCAAGGAGGCUUUAACCGACUUCACUUUUGCGGGUUUUACUAUUCCAAAAGGAUGGAAGACAUGUUGGAGUGUGCACUCAACUCACAAAAAUCCAGCAUUCUUUCCAAAUCCAGAUAAAUUUGAUCCAACAAGGUUUGAAGGAGAUGGACCGUUACCAUUUACUUUUGUACCGUUUGGAGGAGGACCUCGGAUGUGCCCUGGAAAAGAGUAUGCCCGAUUGGUUAUGCUUGCUUUUAUGCAUAAUCUGGUGAUAAGGUUCAAAUGGAGCAAGUUAAUCCCAAAUGAUAAAAUAAUAUUCAAACCAGUACCAUUUCCUGAAGGUGGCCUCCCAAUUCGCCUCCACCCUCAUAAAAAUUGAAGCCACAUUGCCACUUAGUAAAUAAUAUGGGUUCAGGUUGGUUAUGUAUUAGCUAAUUUCUUUGCGUGAAUGUUUGUUGGAUUUGUCUUAUUGUACUAUGCAGUAUGAAUCGUGAACCUGUUUCAGUAGCUUCAAUAAUGAAUUUUAUUAGCAAUUAUAGUUUA